GGAAACCCGAUUAUACCCUUUAAGAAAAAGAGGAGAGUGUGUGUGUGAGAAUCUUGAUUGAUCGAAUGCUUCUUUGGGAAGAGAAGAAAUCCAUCUUCUUGGAUCUGAUUUGAUUGCACAUGUUAAUCCCUGAGAAGAGAGUGUCUGAGAGGAUAAGAUGAAGAGUAGUGGUGGUGGUGAUGAUGUCGGAGCUUCUUCAGGGCCUUUGGAUUGGAGAUUCUCUCAGGUUUUCGGUGAACGCAGCGCUGGUGAAGAAGUUCAAGAAGUUGAUAUAAUAUCAGCGAUUGAGUUUGAUAAAUCGGGUGACCAUCUUGCUACUGGGGACCGUGGAGGGCGUGUUGUUCUGUUCGAGAGGACAGAUUCCAAAAAUGCCAGUGGAGGUAGAAAGGAUCUCGAAGGAACAGACUAUCCAGUGAGACACCCGGAGUUUCGUUAUAAAACUGAAUUUCAAAGUCAUGAACCUGAGUUUGAUUACCUCAAGAGUUUGGAGAUAGAGGAGAAGAUCAACAAAAUUAGAUGGUCACAAGCAGCGAACGGUGCUCUUUUUCUCCUUUCAACGAAUGAUAAAACCAUCAAGUUUUGGAAGGUUCAAGAGAAGAAGAUCAAGAAAAUUUGUGACAUUAUUAAUACGGAUUCUUCAACAACUCUAGGAAAUGGAAGUGUCCCAACCUCAACUAAUUCAAACGUUACAGAUUCAUACCUCACUAACGGAGGAUCACAUGACAACUAUUUAAGUAAUGACUACUCAUUUCCCCCUGGAGGCAUCCCAUCGCUGCAGUUACCUGCGGUAACUACUAGCCAUGAGACUAGCCCUGUGGCUAGAUGUAGAAGAGUGUACACUCAUGCUCAUGAUUAUCAUAUCAAUUCAAUCUCAAACAAUAGUGACGGCGAGACAUUUAUAUCUGCUGACGAUUUGCGGAUUAAUCUCUGGAACCUGGAGAUAAGCAAUCAAAGUUUCAACAUUGUUGACGUCAAGCCUGCUAAUAUGGAAGAUCUAACUGAGGUUAUCACAUCAGCGGAGUUUCAUCCUACUCAUUGCAAUACCUUAGCGUAUAGCAGUUCGAAAGGUUCAAUUCGCCUGAUUGAUCUGCGACAAUCAGCUUUAUGUGACUCACAUUCCAAAUUGUUUGAGUACACAGCGACACCAGCUUCUAGAUCAUUCUUCACGGAGAUAAUUGCUUCAGUUUCAGACAUCAAAUUUGCGAGAGGAGGAAGAUAUAUACUUAGCCGUGACUAUAUGACGCUUAAGUUAUGGGACAUCAACAUGGACUCGGGUCCAGUAUCAACGUUCCAGGUUCACGAACAUUUAAGACCAAAGCUCUGUGAUUUAUAUGAAAAUGAUUCUAUCUUCGAUAAGUUCGAGUGUUGUCUUAGUGGGGACGGGUUGCGAGUGGCUACAGGUUCUUACAGCAAUCUCUUCCGUGUGUUUGGUGUUUCCCCGGGAAGUACUGAAACUACAACCUUGGAAGCAAGCAGAAACCCAAUGAGACAAGUCACAACACCCGCGAGGCCAUCAAGACCAUCGUUAAGCAGUAUAACACGCGUGGUUAGAAGAGGAGCGGAGAGUCCUGCAAAUGGCGAUGGGAAUGGUAAUAAUUCUUUUGACCAUACAACCAAGUUGCUGCAUCUCGCAUGGCAUCCAACAGAGAACUCCAUAGCUUGCGCUGCGGCCAACAGUUUGUACAUGUACUAUGCUUGAAGAAGAGAAAAAAAAUGAAAACAUUACUCUAAAUGGAGAAAGAAGCUUUGGCUACUUGUGAAACUGAAUGAUCAGAGAUGACAACAUCAUCAUCAGCAUCUUCAUAUCACAACUUAAGCUCCUUUUAUAUGCUCUUUCUCUCUCUUUUGUUUGUAUCAUGUUCGACUCUCUUUUUCUUUUUAAUUGAGGAAAUGGCUGGACAUAGCAAAUAUCAGUGGUAAUGAUUUUCUUUUCUUCAUUACACUUGGAGCUAAAGCUAGUCCGCCAUUUUUCUUUUAAUUUUUUUUACUUGUGUUCUGUCUGGAUUAAGUCAAACAUGCUGGCCAAGAACCAGAAGAAGGGGAAUCCGAUUAGAAGAAAAAUCGUGAUUGUAGUUUAUUUUGGAAAUAUUUUAAGACUAAAAUUUAAUAUUAUCAUAUAUAUGCAUUUUUUAUCCA